UCGCGGUAGAAUGUCAUGGCGACCAUCACCGGGCAAGUUUUCCGUGGUUUCGUAACUGCUGAUAACUGUGGGAAUCCGAUCUAGAUCAGAGUGAACAGUGAUUGUCACAUUAGCAUCUUCUAUUUUGCACAGAAAGAUUGAAGAAAGAAAACCCACUUUCCAUUAAGAUCUAGAGGUUUGUAGUGGCGUUGUGGAAAUGGAAUGUGCCAAGAGUACCAGUGUUGAAGGUAUUGAUCCAUCAGAGGCUGCUCUGUGUGAAGAUGUUGCUCUCAGAGAUGGUGGUGAGACACCACGAAAGAAAAAUAAGAAGCACAAAAAACACAAAAGCAAGAAGAAGCGCAAGAAGAAGAAGGGUGAAAAGGAGAGCAGCUCUGAAUCUGGAGUAGAAUCGGAUGGAGAGACACAAACAAAAUUGAGUACGAAAAAAGAAGUUCCUUCCAGCUUUGAGACGGGUGACCAAGAUGAGGAUAAAAAAUCCACAAAAAAUUCUGUUGCAGAAGGUCAUGAUGAUGAUGCCAAAGUCAGAAAAACAAGGCAUCAUAUGGGGAAAAAGAAGAAGAAAAAGAAGCGUAAAGAAGGAGAAAAACAAGAGAGAAAUUCUUCUCAUUCUCAAUCAGUGAGUACAUCUGAGUCAGGGUCUGAGACGGAAUCGGAAUCAAAAAUUCCACAAGCACUGCAAACAAAUCCCCCAAGUUUGGACAAGAAAUCACCUGUGGAUGCAAUGAUGCUCUCAAAUGACAGGUAUAAAGAAAGUGUAUCGCAACCAGAUGAAAGAAAGGGAGAUGUGACUAAUCAAUCUGAGCAUGUUGAAGAGGAGCAUGUAAUACCUUCUUGGAAGAAAGACAAGUCUCCCCAGGAUGCACAUUCUCAAGAUGUAAAUAAACAGGAACAUGGUGAAAAUGAAACACAGUUGGAGAACUUUGGGAAAAGUGGAAGCUUUAGCAAAGCUCAAGAACUCCCUGAUAUUAUUCCCAAGCAAGAAAAUGUGCACAAAGAUCAAGUCAGCCAGAAGGAACCAAAUAGGGAAAAAAGAGGAAAGGGGGAUGCAGGAGAAAAGUCUCUUUCUAGGUCAAGAUCACGAUCACGCUCUGGCAAUAAAGGGACUAAAUCCAGCCACAGUCGUUCCAGAACUCCAAGGCAGUCAGGUGUAUCAGUGCAGCAAAAAGAUAAGUCAUUAUCAAGAGAGAGGUCUGAUUCUAGCUCAAGGAAAAAGAGUCGUACACAAAAACGACUGUCAAAGUCCCCAUCUGAAAAACGUAGAUCCCGGUCUAGAUCUAUCAGGGUACCAAGACGUAAAUCAAGGUCACAUUCGGGGAAAAAAAGGCGUCGAUCUGACUCCAGAUCACGUAACAGAACCAGAAGGUCUAGGACCAGGUCUCCUCGACGUGGACGGCGAACAAGGUCUAGAUCUGUAGUACGGCUACGCCGUUCAAGGUCUAGACGAUCAGUAUCUCGCCGAAAGAACCGUGGCUCAAGAUCACGUUCUAGAUCUGCCCGGAGAGGCAGACGCUCACGAUCACGGUCUCGAAAAAGGUCCCCUGUGUCCCGUACAAGAAGGUCUCGGUCUCGGUCUGCUAGGAGAAUAAGACGGACCCGCUCAAGGUCCAUUGUGAUCCUCAGGCGAUCUAGAUCUCGAUUGAGAAGAAAUAGGCGAUCUAGAUCAAGGUCCAUUCGUAAAAACAGGUCAAGGUCUAGAACCCCACGAAGACGAAGUAGAUCUCAUUCCCCUCUGCGUUCCAGGCGUACCAAAUCAAGAUCCCCUGUUCGUCAGAGAAGGUCAAAAUCUCCACGUAGGGCCAGAUCAGAAUCAAGAUCUCCAAAGCGCAGUAAGCGUUCAAAAUCAAGAUCUGUGUCACGUCCUUCAAAGUCUGUCUCACCCAAGCUUAGGAGAGGACCAAAAAAACCUAAGCGGUCAAGGUCAUUUUCACAGAGAGACACAUCAAGAUCUAGAUCCAUUUCAAGACAGAGACUUUCAUCAGAUAGAAGCCAGUCUCCAGCUAAGAGCAGGUCUAAAUCUUUGUCUCCUGCCAAAGAGAAAACAUCUUCAGUGGAGCAUUCUAAAAUUUCUGAAUGUAAUUAUAAAGAAAAAUCACCAGAUCCCCAAACACAGACAAGUGUCACUGGGGAAGAAAAUACAGCUCCCAUAAAAGGGUGGAAACCAAUCUCUUCUGAAUCGCCACCAAAAAUAUCAAAUGAAUCCUCUACACAAUCAGAACUUGAAUCCAAAAAAGAAGAUCCCAAGACAGAGCUCAAAACCACCUUGGAAAGUAUAGAAGUGCAAAAAACAUCCAGAUCAAGGUCUUCUUCAUCAGAACCAGUACCUCAGCAUGCAAGUACUGGAUCAGAUGAUAAUGAGCAGUCUGAUGAUUCGAGAUCACCAAGUCCAACAAAAGAAUCAGGGUCAAAACCCAAUAGAAAGUCUAAGUCACCUGUCUGUAGGAAGCGCUCCAGGUCUGUCUCCUCCACCCAUAAGACACGAUCCAAAUCAAAAUCUCUUAGCGGUAAGGACAAAUCUAAGUCUCCAAUAAGGAAGCGAAAGUCUAUUUCUCCCUCUCACAGCCUAAGGAAGCGUUCAAAAUCCAGGUCACCUGUUCGUAGAAAGAGAUCACGCUCAAGAUCAGUCACACGGAGAGGGAAAUCCAGGUCUAAAUCUCGCACUAGGACCAAACGCUCAAAAUCUAAAACCCCCAGAAGGAAGCGAUCUAAGUCUAGGUCACCAGUCCGAAAAAGACGGUCUAAAUCACGCUCUCCUGCUCGAAGAAAAAGAUCAAAGAGUCCAGAUAAAGGUAAACGGUCAAAAUCCCGUUCACCAGCCAGGAAGAGGAGGUCAAGAUCACGAUCAAAGUCAAGGGCACGUCCUUCCCGAUCUAGAAGAUCUCGCUCUACUUCACGCCGGAGGAGACCUGUUUUUCGAGGUCGAUCUUUUGACAGGCGCGAUCGCUGGAAGCGUGAGCCAAGUCAUUCUCCCAUUCUUAUCCUCCGUAAAAGAAGGUCCACCUCAAGAACUCGCCGCAGCUCUAGCAAGACACCACCACGCCUCACUGAGCUAGACAAAGAUCAGCUGUUGGAAAUUGCUAAGGCUAAUGCUGCAGCAAUGUGUGCUAAAGCAGGGAUGCCCAUCCCAGAGAGCCUAAAGCCCAAAGCUAUCCUUCAGUUGCCUUUGCCAACCCCUACUCCGGCUCCACUGUCUUUACCUCUGCCCCUGCCAGUUCCAAAUUUGCCCAUGAACCUUCCAAUGGGCAUACCUGGCAUGCCCGGAAUGCCAAACAUGCCUAUGAAUGCUGCUAUGGCUAGCAUGACAGCAGCCACCAUGACUGCAGCCCUGUCUAACAUGGGAGCUUUGGCAGCCAUGCCCCCUAUGCCUCCACUGCCCACCAUUACCAAUAAACCACCUCCGGCACCUACUCCUAAUCUGGCUAACAUUGAAGAGGUGAAAAGAAAAGUGACACAGCAGGCUAACAGCAUUAGUAUCAAGGAGCUGACGGAGAAGUGCAAACAGAUUGCAGAAAGUAAGGAGGAGAUGAGCAUUGCAAAGCCCCAUGUGUCUGAUGAUGAAGACGAUGGAAAACGGUAACCUACUGGUGCUUAUUCAACUGUAUCCCUACUUAAUCCUAAUGGAAAUCCAUAAUUCCUGCUUAAAUGAGAAGAUGAAGUUGUCUGGAUCCUAACUGCCUGUACAUCCAUGAGGCAGGAAUUGGUCCAGUGAAUAUUUCCACCAUCUUGAUAUUUUUACUUUACUUUUCAUUUUUACUUUGACACCACCAUAGGAGGCAGGAUUCCUGUUGCCUCAGGACUUGUACUAAAUCUAGAUCAUUUUUUUUGUGUCUUCAGGGGGUAUGGGGGCUUCCUUGUACAAUGAAGCAAAUGUAUUGCUUGAUAAGAUUCAAAGUGAAGUAUUGUUUGACUUUCAGUAUAGAGUCUCUUGAAAGCUAAAAGAAGCAACUUAUUUCAAGCUGAUCUUUUGUCUUUAGGUUAAGUGUGAGAAUUUUAGCCCAUCCAUAGCCACAGAUCAUCUCAUUAUAUGUAAACCGCAUUUAUUAAGUACUCUCAGAAUUAUUUGUUAACUUUUUUUUUGAAAUAAAAAUAAUUUUUAGAAAUUAAAACUUGAGGAUAAAAUUGUAAGUGCUAUACUUCAUGAAUGAUAUUUUCCUUAGUGUGCAGUUAUAUGAUCUGACCAACAAUUGGCUUGUAAACAUGCUUGGCCAAUAUUUGAUGUGCUUGAAGUUAACCAGGCUUUGACUUGGUUAGAAACUCAAAUCUGAGUGGACAUAGUUUCGGGCCUUGUGAAGAAGUCCUUAUUCAGGUUGGUUUUUAGAUCUCUGACAAAAUUUUAAAAGGGCACACUGUUGGUUUUAGAUCUUGAGAGGUGUACAGUACUGUUUUAUCUUGUAAUUUGAAAUGACUGAAAAUGUAUGUGCUUUUGCCCAGUAGAGGUUUGUGGUCGGGUGCUUUGUUUAUAAUAUGUGUGGAGUAACUUCAACAUUUUAGGGAAGGGGUGUCUAAAAGAUAAGAAUUCAUAAUAUUUACAGAGAAAAAAAAAUCUUCACAUUAUACUGUUUGUUGAGUAGCCUAGAUGUUGGUUUUGUGCAGCAUUUUGUUAAUUCUUUUGUGUCUAUUCUUUUUCGCUACUGUUUUGAUAGCUUGUGCAGAUAUUCUAAUGGCCAAUCAUUAGAACUCUGAGCCAGAAAUAUUUUCACUUCAAGACUGGUCUCAGACACUAUUUCAACCACCAUAACAUGCUCCAUUUCAUUAAGCUUCAGAGUUAUCCUAGUAACUGCAUUCCCAUAGAAAGUUAUGCACACAAAACUAAUAAACGAACACUCACUUGACAGUCAACAGCUAAGCAAAUGAAUUAAAAAGUUUCUGGUAAUUGAAUCUGGUUUUCAUCCUAGUAUUAAUUGGUUUGAUUCUGAGUGCUCUUUAGCACUGAGGAUGAAGUGUGCUCAUCACUUUUAUGACCACAAACAGUGGUGCAGAUCUUGUGUUCUAAGUGGAUGGUCUGCAGAUGCUUAGCUUUAUAUGUAACAAAUGAGUUAUACGGGCAAGGAUUGGUUAGGAAAAGGUAAAGAUUAUUUAUAUAGUUAAUGUUUUAGUGAAAGUUAUGCAUCUGCAAGUCAUAAUACAGUAGCAAACUAAAUUUGGGAACUUUUUUUUUUUUUCUUUUAUACUGAAUUGAUUUCCAUUAUUGGGCCCUUCUGCUACUAAAAGAAAUGUACAAUGCUACACCAUAACUUUGAUUAAAAGACUACACAAUGAGUGGUACUCAAAGCACAAGAGGCAGUGUACUUUUUUAUCCUUUUGUACAGGCCCAAGUACCAUGUUCCUAGUGUAGUAUCCAUGAUUUUGAUUACCCAGUGCAGUUGGGAUUUUCUGCCAUAGGAUAAUGUUGCUUGCUUUGUACAUAAUGCGGCAUUGAUUAUUAAAAUAAAUUACCAUGAUCAUUUGA